UAAGAAAGGAUCUAAAAAAAGGGAUGUAAAUAACUCUGAUACUGAAGAUGAAAUUCCUAUUAAUCAUAAACAAAGUGCAAAGAAAAAGUCUAGAAAAAGCAUUGUAGUUAAUUUUGAUACUGAAAAUGACAAUAAGGAGAAUGAGUUAACUUUAAGAAUUAGUGAACUUAAAUAUAAAGAAUGGGUUCUGGCUUUAAAAGAACGUGAAAUUGAUCUAAGAGAACGAGAGGUUAAAGUCUAUUUAAUAGAACUAUCAAAUUUUGAGAAGGAGUAUGAGUUAGAAUUGUUAAAUCUUGAAAAAUCAAAUUUGAUAAAUAUUCAUUCAUUAAAUGCUAUAAAUAUGUGA